UUUAUUGGGCUUGUUAUUUUCCUCUGGGUCGCCAUGGGAGGUCUCACGGCGGCCCUCCUCAUCUGGGCUCUGCUUCUCCCCAAGGGUGGCAGUGGCGAAGCCUGGCCCAUACACACGGCCUGCAAGGACAGCAGCUUGGAAGUGCUCUACCAGAGCUGUGAUCCACUCCAAGACUUUGGCUUUUCUAUUGAUCAGUGUUCCAAAGACUUAAAACCAAACCUAAGCAUUAGACUUGGACUCAUUCUGAGAGAGAACAUCAAAGAGCUGUUUCUUGACAUAGCUCUCCUCACAAAAGGAUCAUCCAUUUUGAAUUUCUCCUAUCCUAUCUGUGAAGGGGAUCACCCAAAGUUUUCUUUCUGUGGAAGAAGCAAAGGGGAACAACUUUACUAUGUCGGCCCUGUCAAUAAUCCUGGACUUCUAGUUCCUGAGGGAGAAUACCAGGUCUUGCUGGAACUAUAUGAUGAAAACCGCUCCACCGUGGCCUGUGCCAAUGCCACUGUCAUUUGCUCCUAAUGGUGUCCCACAGCUCGACAACACUCGAUCUUGUGGAAACUCCAAGCUCCUCAAACUGAACCUACUAUGUAAGAAGAAUGACAGAGAGAGGCUGUACAAAGACUAUUUACCAAAGAGCUUCAGCUAAUCCAAGCCCCGAAACCCACCCGCCCCAGACUCCACAGAUGUACUUAAGCCCCAGAAAUUAUCAGUGUCUAAGGAGCCUCAUGUUGGUCUCUAAGCAGUGGCAAGGAUCAAUCUUCCUUCUCUAACUGGUCACCUCACAGCACUCACCUGCUUUUCAGCUCCUCAGGAGCCCUGCUCCACAGUCACCAGGAAUAAAGAAAGCCGGCCCAUAACUGCUGAUUGUGGGUUGUUCAAAGAAUCUCAAUGCUGUAUUCCAAGUGUAAUUUCCUGCGGAUGCAAGUGCCUGGUGCUGGCACAACACAAGCAGUCCUGAGAGAUUCUAGAAGAUGAUGGCCAAGCAAAAAUGAGUGGUCUGGGAAGAUGGGUCAUUCCUUCUCCAGGCAGUGAUGAAACCUCACGAAUAGUGUACUAGGGUAUUGUGCAUGUGUGCGUGUCUGUGUGUGUGUGUGUGUGUGCAUGUAUGUAUGCGUGUGUGUGGAGAAAGAGAGAGAUUUAAGGAAUUGAUUUCCUGCAGUUGUACGGGUGGCAACUCUGAAAUCCAUAGGGCAAACAGAGGGCUUGAAACUCCAGCAGGAUUUCUAUAUUACAUUCUUGAGGCAGAAUUCCUUCUCUUGCAAAACUCAACUUUUGCUCUUAAGGCCUACAAAUGAUUGGAUCAGGCUCACCCACAUCAGUAAGGGUAACUUCCUUUACUUAGAGGUAACUGAUGGUAAAUGUCAAUCACAUCAACAAAAUACCUUCAUAGCAACAUCUGACUAGUGAUUGACCAAACCCCGGGCAGCACAGCCGAGCCAAAUGGACACAUAAAAUCAGCCGUCACAGAGAGUAGCAUCAUAAUCUCACUUGAAAUGAAACCUCAAGACCAAGAACUCACUUCCCGUUCAUCCCCGAGGGCGUGACUACGUCUGACCUCAACGCACGACAGCUCUCACUCAUUCUUUCAUUAAGUGAAACACUUUGCACGCUCAGGCACCAGGCAUGUGCUCAGUUCCUGGGACACAGUGUGUGCAAACCAGAGUCCCUGCCCUUAUGGAGCUUACAGUCCCCUGAAAUAUUCAAAAACUGCAUGGCCCCCAGUGGGGACAUUCCCAUAGAGCUAUGCUAUCUUCUGAGCCCUCUGGCCUGUCCUGUGGCCAGAAACCAUUCCAGCAGCCCUACCCCCUUCUUCACCGUCACUUCUCUCCCAGGCUGGGCAGAAUCACUCGGUAGGCACUGCAGCCCCUCUGCCCUCCUCUGCCCUCCUCCUACUGCUCCUUCCAGUAUCUCUGGACCCAGAGUCUGCCCUUCUGUUCCUGCUAGGGGCUGGAGUCAGGUGAGUGGAUUGACUUUAUCAUUUGUAGAUCUUUUAUAUCCAUAAACAUACAGCUUUAUUUGAGUCAAAAAAGGGAAAAAAUCCCUACUUUAAAAAAUGUCAAUUGCUAUUAACUGCUGUGACUACUUCGAACAACCAAAAUAAGUAAAUAAAG